GUGUCAGUGAAGGCUACUGCUGUCAGAUAUCAACCUACUUUGUCAACAUGCCACUGAAAACAUGUUGCAUCUACAGCACCGGAGUUUUCUCUUUACUGCUCCUUAUUGUGGGCAUUUCUCUCAUCUUGUCUAACGUAUUUCCACAUUUUCUUCAGGCGAUAGUUAAAAAGGAAAUUGUUUUGAAGAAUGGCACAGAUGCAUUUGAUGCCUGGGAGAAUCCACCAGCGCCUAUCUACAUGCAGUUUUACUUCUUUAAUCUAACCAACCCCCUGGAGAUGCUGGAUGGGGACAGGCCCGCUGUGGUGGAGAUUGGGCCGUAUACAUACAGGGAGUAUCGGCCUAUGGAGGAAGUGAACUUCAUGGAAAAUGGGACCAAAGUUACAGCUGUCAACACUAAAACCUACAUAUUUCAGCCUAACAUGUCCCGAGGUCCAGAGAGUGAUCUCAUCAGGACAGUCAAUAUCCCUGCUCUGACAGUGAUGGAAAAAUUCAAGGACAUGUCUGUAGUGGCACACUUGAUCGACGACUACAUGAAAUCCACAGGUGAAGGCCUGUUCACCACCCGUACAGUGGGAGAGCUGCUGUGGGGAUAUGAAGAUGGACUGCUCAAAGCCCUCAAAAUGUUACAACCUGGGCUGGAUGACGUUUUUGGACUCUUCUACAAGAACAAUGGUACCAAUGAUGGAGAAUAUGUUUUCUUCACUGGCCAACAAGACUACAAGGACUUUGCUCGUGUAGAUACAUGGAAUGGUGGAAGCUCACUGAAUUGGUGGACCUCUGAUGAGUGCAAUAUGAUUAAUGGAACCAACGGAGCGUCUUUCCAUCCAGUUAUCACCAAGAGUGAGACGCUUUACAUAUUCUCCUCUGACCUGUGCAGGUCUCUGUACACUCUGUAUGAGGAGGAUGUGAAAGUGAAGGGCAUCCCAGGGUAUCGCUUCGUUCCCCCCAGCAUGGUGUUUGCCAAUGUGACUGUGAACCCAGCCAAUGCAGGCUUCUGUGUCCCUGCUGGAAAUUGCCUGGGCUCUGGUGUACUUAAUGUCAGCGGAUGUAAACAAGGAGCGCCCAUUAUAAUGUCUUCACCACACUUCUAUCAGGCAGAUGAGAAAUUUGUUCAAGAUGUAUUUGGUAUGAAACCUGAGAAGGAGUAUCACCAGACCGCCAUCGAUAUCAAUCCACUAACAGGAUUCAUCCUGCAAGCUGCCAAGCGUAUGCAGGUCAACGUGUAUUUAGAAAAAAUUGACACCUUCAGUCAAACAGGAAACGUGAGGACAGUGGUCUUGCCUGUGGUUUACCUAAAUGAGAGCAUUGUGAUCGAUGACGCCUCAGCCAUGAAGUUGAAGACGAUUGCUCUCGAGGAGAAUGUGGUGGUGAACAUUCCCUUCAUGCUGAUAGGUCUGGGCAUCCUCCUGGGAGCACUCUUCAUGUUCCUGAUGUGUCGACAAAAGGUCCCCGAGAGCACUGCUGCUGAACGACAGCCCUUGCUCUCAUCAUAGCACCAAAAAAGGACGUGGAUGAAGGAGGAUUCCCAUGUUUGCAAGUUUAAUCAACAUUUCUAGAGUUCCCGUGAGUCUGCAGUUGUAAGCUGCUAAGUACUAAAUACUAGUUUUCUUUCAUAACCACAAUUCCAUAUUUGAAACAGUUUUUAAUCUAAUGUUUUUGGGAUACAAAGUGAAAAGAAAGGUUUGGGUUUAAUGUCUUUCUUUCAAGUCAGUUGUAAUGAUCGUGAAAUCCCUAUUCCUCAAUUUGAGUGUUUUCCUUUUUACUACUAAAUAUGGGAUUUUGGAUUAAAACAGCUUGAAUUGAAAUCAUUUAAAUGUCCUACCAAAUCUAAUGUUGAUUGUUGUUUGUUUGUUGGAUUUUCUGGGAGGUCAACUUUGAACUAAUCAAAUAUGCAGGAAUAUAAAAAUUGUCCUUAUUAGACAAUUGGCCAAUAUUUUUUUGAAAUUGCUGCUUUUAUGAAUAUGUGUGGAAGAUUAGGUGUACGUGUGUGUCCAUGAGUGGCUCCAGAACUGAAAGUAGUAAUGAAGGAAUGCUAUGUGUGUUUUUAAAAGUAUAUGUUAAUGAGUUCUUAGGAAGUUUGAGAAGCUUUAUGUCUUAAAUAAUUUUGUAAGAUCAACAUUUUGCAUUUUUGUAUUGUCUAAACAUGAGCAAGGUAAAUAGCAAAGUCUGUACUUUCAAAAAGACUGCAGCCAAAAUGUUUUACUCUUAAAGGUAUACUAUGCAGGAUUUUCCUAAAACGUGAAUGUAUAGACUCAUACAAAAAUAAUCCCUCUCAAUCAUCACUUAUGACCAGCUAGAAUUGUGUGGCAGUGUCUGUAUCUAUGGACCCUGCCAUAUUUUCUUAUUAUUUUGCUGUGUUCAGGAUGUUUCCCUAGCCAAUAACAGCAGGCAAGGUGUGAGGUCAGGACAUAGGACACAAAGCUACACACACACACACACACACACACACACGUACAGAGCACAGAGGCCACAGCAGACAAGAUAAGUGUUUCUGCUUUUACUGCAUUCAAAUGAAAUCCAACAAUGCGUUACCUUCCCGCACGGUUGUGCAGAGGUAUGGACGAGUUCAUUCACAUGCUUUAAAACAUAACCACCGUGAAACAAUCUGAAAAUAAUGUUUUAUUUAUCUGAUGUCACAGCUUUGUUCUCGCUAUGGCCACUAACUCUCUUCAUUUACUCUCUAGUUUGCUCAACCUGCAAACACCAACCAACAAAUCCUGCAUAGUGUGCCUUUAAUGUGAUGAAUAUGUUUUCUGUACCCUAAAAUUAUGGAAUAUCAGUCAUUAAGAAAGGUGUACUUGAAAACAGUAUUUUUCGAAUCUGUAACCUUCGUUUUGUAAACUGUAAAUUCUGUCCUGCAAACUUGCAUAUACAUAUUUGGAGGCUGAACAUUUCAACGUCUGCUUAAAAAACUCAAUUUUGGAAGAUUGUGCAGUUGGUUGCAGGCCUGCAAGCCUGUUUUCACAAGCUGUGAGGCAAAACCAUGGGAGUGUGUGUGCAUGCACACAGACUUUUGGCAAGUUGCACUUCUGUAAACUGUCUAAAAUCAGCUUAAUCAACAAUCAACAUGAAAGUUUUAUGGUUACAGAUGCAAAACCCUGUUUUUAAGUGCACCUUUUUGAAUGAUAUAAUAUAUAUUCUAUAUAAAAUUAGUUGGUUUUGUUUUUUGUUCAGAUGUGUCACUUCAGUGUCUUGGGUUGACUGGAGCUUUUAAUCUGUGGUGAAAUGGAUCAGCUUUCUUUACGAUAUACUCUGCUGUAGCCUUCAGUGUAAACACAGGAAUCUACAGUAUGUGUGAACAAUAUAAUGUGGAAGAAAAAUCAAAUAGUAAUACUAUAACAGUGGCCGUAUAAAGGGAAAGUUUUUGCAUGGUGUGAAGUACAAAGUCUUGCCUCCUGAUGGUGUGAAACACGCUGCAAUAUUUUCUUUCCUCUGUUUCUAAUACCCUGACAUAAUGGUGUGAUUUGAAUUUCAGUCAAGUCAUAUUCUUACUGUUGUAUGAACAGCUUAAUGCUCAUGACACUACUGAUAAAUAUUUUGCCAAAUAGAGAACAGCAUUCUCCCUUUUAACCAAUAGGAAUGGUACAUAAUUUUCAUGGCUAAAGUCAGAGCUGCUGAACAGACUUUUAUCAGAUUAUUGUGACUUUAUUAAAGUGAGGAGGAAUAAAUAGCUUUGUAUUAUUCAGCCUUGAAAUAUAAUGGAGUUUCUGUCUGGCACUAAACAUAUGUUAAUAGAAUGUUAUUUUUGCAAUUUGACCACUGUUUUACACACAUCACUGACAAGCUGUUGUGUUCAUUUUGUUGAGAUCUUUGUUUUAUAUAUAACAGGAAAAAAUGUACACAGUAAAAUCAAUACCGAACAUGUAAUCAAUGUUUACACACUCUCAAUAGGUCAUAUAUAACAGUUUGCACAUUGUCUUGUCAUUUGUUA